AUGGUUGCGUCGGAGAAAGGCCCGAAACCUCAAACUAAGCACAACGAUAAUCCAUUGGACAUCACCGUGCUAGGUUUAUGCUCUGGGGCGGCCUUGGACGGAGUGUCCUGCGCUCUCCUUCGCUUCAGACAGAAGAGCCCUAAUGAACCCCUCCGCAUGUCCAUGCUUAAGUACGAAGAAACCAAUGUACCUCUCCGAUUACGAACGCAGAUCCUUAACCUGCUUCGAGACCAUCCAAACAAUCCCCAGGCCAUGGUACGCGUGCACAGCAUGCUCGGCUACAUGUACUCGACCACAGUCAAGUGCUUCCUCAGCAACAACGGCAUAUCUGAAGAAGCAAUCCACCUGAUAGCGUCACGAGCUGACUGUAUCUCUCCAUCUGUAACACCUCCGCUGCCUGUCUCCGUGACGAUUGACGAAACCGAACCGGUCUUGAAGAGUUGGACCGCUGUGGUCGCUGCAGAAACAAAUAUAACGACGGCAUCAAACCUGCCAGUAACACCAAGACCAGUCAACAAACACGACCCGACUGCGGAAUCUCCAGUAGAGAGUCUCUUGCUUCAACAUCCCACAAAGUUUCGCGUCUGCGUAACCAUCAAUGAGCUGCUCAGCAUAACCAUGAUCCCACCAGCCGAUGGCAACCCCAGAACCAAACCACCUAGCUCCGUGUGCGGUCCGGGCACCAUGUUCAUAGACUACACGAUGCGCUACGCAACGUCGAACCGCGUCCAGAAUGACUACGACGGCACUUACGCUUCCAAAGGCAUCGUCAACCAUGCCGUUGUCGACCGCGUACUCAAAGCCAACGAUUACUCGGCACGCGUGCCCCCUCUCCAGAUCGCCACCGAGAUGUUUGGCCACCACGAAGCGCAGGACGUCAUCGACGAGUGUCUGUUUCUCGGUAUGACGGACCACGACACCAUCGCCACCAUCACACGUAUCACCGCGGAGAAUAUCGUGCUUCAGUACCGCAGACUCGUUGCUGCGUACUGUCCGCCGGACCAGAACAUCGAUGAGAUCUUCAUUUGCGGUCGUGGUGCGCGCAACACGGACAUUGUCGACUACAUGGAAGAGGUGCUACCCACGGAAGUCAUCACGAGACCGCUCGACGACAUUGGCAUACCCGGAGAUGCGAAAGAGGCGGUAUGUUGCGCGCAGCUGGGGUUGGAAACCAUCUUGAAGUAUGCAGCGAACGAGGAUGGUCCGUUUGAGCGAAGCCAUCAGAAUCCUAUCAUGGGCGCCGUUGCAAAGGGGAAACACUGGGAUGAAGUGAAGAAGCAGAUCAUGAUGUUCAGCAAUGGGGAAGAAGUGCCUGCUGUACAGCGCGUUGUGGUGGAGAAGAAGUGA